AUGGAAGAUGAUAUAUGUGGAAAAAUUGAUUAUUUGAAGAAGUAUUUGCCUGAUAAUUUGGAAAAUAGUAAACUUGAUUUUUAUGGUAAUUCGAAUUUCCAAAAAUACUGUCCUAACAAUAACUGCCAUACUGAUCUCGAAGAAAUUACGAUUGGAUUUUUAUGGUUACUUGAACAAUAUUUUACUAUAUACCGAGAUAAGGGUAAUAGUGUAAAUGAUGCUAAACCAUUUUUUCUAUAUAUUAUUUUAUGGUUAAGUUACAAAUUAAAUAAAAACUCAGAGCACAAAACCACACAAAUAAACGAAUUUUAUACUAAAUAUAUAAAUAAUAGUGAUAAACAUGGUAGUUUUAUAAGUGAUUCCAAUAGAUAUACAAAUCUUAGGGAAUUCAUAGAUAAGCAAAAGGAUUUGUUUAAUAUCAAUAUUGAAAAUCUGUCUAAAUUUUAUGAUGCAUUUAAAUUAUUAUGUAAUAUACAUAGUAAUCUUGAAAUGAAUGAUCACAACAAACUGCCAAAUAAUGCGAAUGAAUUUGUUAAAAAAUAUCAAGAACUUAAUGGAGAUUCUAAUAAUACUGAUAAAAGUUCAUAUGGACAAAUAUUGACUAUUUUAUCAACUGAUUAUAAUAAAUUAAAAGAGAAAUGUAGAAAUAUUACAUCUCUUCCAGAGUUAACAGCAAACAUUUCUGCAUUAACAUCUGAAUAUACAUCAUCAAGUUCGUCGAUAGGAAACAAAUUAUUUACAGUUUUAUCGAUAUUUGGUGCAAUAGCACUUUUUUUAGGAAUUUCUUAUAAGUAUUCGCUAUUUGGAUUUCGGAAACGAUUUCAAAAACAAAAAUUAAGAGAAAAAAUAAAAAAUGUAAAGAAGAAAAUGAAUCGUUAA